AUCUGUGCAGCGAUAGAAGCGGCCUUUCUAAAACUUAAAGUUUCAAACUUCCUUGUUACUGUUGUCGAGAAAAUGUGUCAUAAAAAGUUAAAGCGCAAUAAAUUUCGUUAUAAAUUUGUCCAAAAUAUGGUAAACAUUGGAUUCAAGUGUUGUUUUUAAGAUGACAAUUGUUAAUUAAUAUAAAAAUGAGUGUUAAAAGUGUGUGCAUGUGUUUGGUGCUGUUUACUUUGUCGCGAAAAGUUUUAUCGGUAGAAAUUCCGAUAUGCCAAGAUUCAAAUAAUACUGCGAAGAGUUGCUGCCCCUGUUUUCAGGAGAUGAUGAUCAACUGUAACACAACAUGUCCUGAUGAAUACAAAAGUAUUAAUGUAACAGCAAACAGUGUUACCUGCAAGAACAGUACUAGCACAACACCUAGCGUAACCAUGACAACUCCAGUUGAUGUGACCAUGGAGACAGAAAAUACAACUUUGACGCAGGAAAAUACAACAAAAUCUGUGUUGUCUAUAGCAGAAGAAUAUACUAUAGUUUGUUGGAAAUCUUGUCCAGAACAUCAGUGGUAUGAUAACAGGACAAUGCAAUGUUUAAAAUGUAAUGAGAAGUGCUUAAGUUGUUAUUGGCCAGAUAGGAAUAACUGCACUGUAUGCAGUUUUGAGUUUAAUGAAACUUGUUACGCGAAAUGCCCGAAAGGGAUGGUUGCUUCAAAGACUAAAACAGAAAAUGACCCAAUAUUGUGUGAGAUAAAGUCUGCAGAAACUGAAGACAAGAAACUUUAUGUGAUCAUCGGGGCUGCUGCUGGGGGCGGGGUUAUCGUCAUUAUUAUAGUGAUUAUAGUGUGUUGUUGCUGCUGUCAUCAUAGAAGGAACCAGAAUAUAUCAGGAAGCACUGAGAGAAGAGCAAUGACACGAAUGAGUGUUCUUUUAGAGACUCAGCAGACAGAAGAUGCACAAGGACGGGAUAAAAAACCAGCUGGAAGACCGAGAGGCUAUGAAAAUGUGUCAAAUACACAACCUUCCAGUACCGAGAUACAGAGGCAAGGGGAUAAUGUCCUCAGAUACACCAAGGAUCCAACUGUAAAAGAGAAAACUAAACAGAAUGAAGAAACUACCGAUGAAGAGUCACCGUAUGGGAACAUAGCCAUGGUUAACCUUGCUAAGAAAACAGAUCUAACUCACACUAAAGGAGAGAAGCUAAAAGAGAUGCUAGAACUUGAAGAAUUGGAAGAAGCCCCAAAAGCUCCUACACUUUUGCCAGUUAGCACUGCUAAGAAAAAACGUAAAGGUAUUGUCAAAAGUUUGUCUCAGAGAGUGAGCAAAAGACUUGGAAGAAAGAAAGAGAAAAGUGUGCCUGUCACACCAGCACAUGUACCAAUAGAUUACAUUGAUAUGUCAGGAAGUCCAAAGGGAUCUGUUCCUUCAACUGAACCCAAUACUACAGGUGUCAACUUGGAACACGAUGCUGGCCUAGAGGAUUAUGAAAAUAUUAAUUACAGUCAAAUUCCACAAGGGAGAAAAGCAGCAAAAAGAACUGGUCAUGAAACCAGUCAGGAAGAUGGACUGGAAGUGUAUGAAAAUGCACCUGUUGCCCAGUCUGACAAUGUGAAGGGAGAUAAUUCUGACUUGGAAGACUAUGAAAACACUAAAGAAUUACAUAUUAAAGGCAGUGAAAGACCUAAAGGCAAACAAAAGCCUAAAGAAGAUGAUGAUAAAGACUUAGAAGAUUAUGAGAACAUGAAAGACAUGGACUUAGAGCUGUAUGAAAAUACACAAUUUCAAAAUAAGUAGUUUCGAAUCCAAUCUCUGAAUGCUGUCUUACUAUUGGUCAGGUUUCAGAUUGAGCUUUGCAUCAUUCAGCCAGGUGCCAUAGAGGUUAGACUGGUCUCCAAACUUGUUUUAUAACCCUUAACCAAGAUUUUGAUAGAAUAAAUGGGUUAUUCAGCUUGAUCACAAAAACUGUAUACAUGUAAUGCCACAAUACAUAUUAUUUAUCAUGGAUGAAAUUGAAAAUUAUCGUUUAGUAAAUAAAAUACCACAUCAUAAGUAAACCCCGCUCUAUGAUAUUGCCAAAAUUGAAAUCAUUCUUAAAAUUCUGCUUCUUCUAGUAAAACUUAGACCUGAAUGAGUGUUUUUAUGCCCCCUUCAUAGAAGGAGGGGUAUAUUGUGUUGCAGAUGUCAGUCUGUCUGUUGGUAGGUCGGUAUGUAGAUCAAUCCGUUUCCAGAUGAUAACUCAAGAACGCUUGAGCCUAGGAUCAUGAAAGUUUAUAGGGAGGUUGGUCAUAACCAGCAGAUGAACCCUAUAGAUUUUGAGAUCAGUAGAUCAAAGGUCAAGGUCACAGUGACCCAGAACAGAUAAACGGUUUCCGGAUGAUAACUCAAGAAUGCUUCGGCCUAGGAUCAUGAAAGUUGAUAGGGAGGUUAGUCAUGACCAGCAGAUGACCCCUAUUGAUUGUGAGAUCAGUAGGUCAAAGGUCAAGGUCACAGUGACCCAGAACCGUUAAAUGGUUUCUGGAUGAUAACUCAAGAAUGCUUGGGCCUAGGAUCAUGGAAGUUGAUAGGGAUGCUAAUUAUGUGCAGCAGAUGACCCCUAUUGAUUUUGAGGCCAGUAGGUAAAAGGUCAAGGUCACAGUGACCCAGAACAGUUAAAUGAUUUCCGGAUGAUAACUCAAGAACUCUUGGGCCGAGGAUCACGAAAGGUGAUAGUAAGUUUUAUCAUGACCAGCAGAUGGCCCCUAUAGAUUUUGAGUCAGUAGUUCAAAGGUCAAGGUCACAGUGACCCGGAACAGUUAAACCGUUCCUGACGAUAACUUGAGAAUGCUUUGGCCUAGGAUCGUGAAAGUUGAUAGGGAAAUUUAUCAUGAUCAGCAGAUGACCCCUAUUGAUUUUAAGGUCAGUAAGUCAAAGGUCAAGGUCACAGUGAGCCAUAACAGUUAAACUCAAGAAUACUUGGGUCUAGGAUCAUGAAAAUUGGUAGGGAGGUUGGUCAUGACCAGCAGAUGACCCCUAUUGUUUGUUAGAUAAGUAGAUCAAAGGUCAAGGUCAUAGUGACCCGGAACAGUUAAAUGGUUUCUGGAUGAUUACUCAAGAAUGCUUGGGCCUAGGAUCGGUGAAAGUCGAUAGGGAGGUUAAUCAUGACCAGCAGAUGACCCCUAUUGAUUUUGAGGUCAAUAGGUGAAAGGUCAAGGUCUCAUUGACCCAGAACAAUAGAACUUGCGUGUACAGUGACCAAAUAAUUUCUGUUCCUUGUGCAAUUAAUGAAUGCAUCAAGGGGGGCAUUUCGUGUUCUACGCGCUCUUGUUGAUUUAGUCAUGUAGGCUCUAAAAUUCAAAAUUGACUCCUCCUUUUGUUUUUGUAAAUUCUGACGAAAAUUUACGUGUUGAGAGCUUUUACAUAUAAGAAAAGCCCUGCCAUUUUGUGUUUGUAUGUGCAUACUACUUGAACUUAACCUCAUUACGUAAUCUUUUGCUCUAAAUAUGUUUGAUAACAUUAACAGUGUGUUGCUCAUUAUGUAAACCUACAUCUUUAAUACUUUAGACUUUGGUGUUACAAGUACAUUUUGAAUGUGUGAAUAAAUUUUAUGAAUUUUGACAGCUCGAGACAUGAAAGAAAACCUGCAACUAUGUGCACACACAAUUCUUACAAGUCAGAAAAAACAUUAUGUUAUUAACCUUUAGCCUGCUGGCGGCAAGUGAUUCUGCCUUUGCGACCAGUGCAGACCAAGAUCACCCUGCAUCUGUGCAGGCUGAUCAUGGUCUGCACUGUUCGCUAUUCAGUCAUUAAAUUUUCAGUGAACACCCCUUCAAAUAAUAAAUGGUACUGCCCAAAUUGUAAGAUGGACAAGUUCAUUAUGAAAAUUUAGCAAGGUAAGGAUUAAGAAAGUUGCUGCAAAUAGAACAUAUGGCAUUGGUAUAUUUAAGUAGGAAUUUCAGCAGCAGUAUGUUAUGGUUGAUACAGGCAUUUAGGUGUGUCAUAUUAGUUUUGUACAAAUCAUUCAGUUUUAUGUCUAAUUGACAGAUUCCGUAUUUUCUCCAGUAAAUCUGAAAUAUUUAGAUCUAUCUCAGAAAUUAAUUUACUGGGAUUGAGAAAAGUAAAUCUAUAUCGGUAAUAUGACAGACAGUUUUUUCCCUCAUUUUCUAAACAAAUUGACAAUGUUUUCCAGAAUGGUAGUGCCAGGUCACUAAGACAUGAUGGAGAGUAACUGGAUAUUCCUCAGCAAGCAUUACAUAUUUUUUGCCUGGUUUUAUAAUCUGUGAAAGAAUAUUUUUUCUUGUCUGCUUUCAUUUUGAAAAGAAAAAUUGACAUUUCUUAAUUGAAUUUUUUAUUUAGGUCCAUUUUACUUGAAAAAAAGCUGUAAAGUGCCAUAUGUUGGAAAAGUUUUUUUUGUUUUUUUUUGUUAUUAUUUUUUAUCAGCUCUCCAAUAUUGGAGGAAAUAAAAGAAUCUUUCUGUCUAUCAUUUUAUCAGAAUUUUUACCUUCAUAAACUUAGAAAAUUGGAAUUAUGGUUAAGCAUGGUAGCAUCCUUGUAUGGUCUUCUUUCAGUUUUGUUCAAAUGGUUCAUCUUGGCCUUUUUUAGGAACUGUAAGGGCCAUGAUAGAAAAAAGUAUUUAUACAACUCUUUUUCUCAUAAACCACACUAAUGAUAUAGUGUAUACAUACUUGGUAUGUAGCAACAUUGUAUCUUUCUCUUUUAGGUUUGUUCAAAAUAAUUUUACUUGACCACUUUAAAGGACCACAAAGAAAAAAAUCUAGGCUGAACUGUAGAAUCCUGGUGUGAACUUUUUUUGAGCUUUGCUCAAAUGAAUCUACUUGGCCCAUUUUAAAGCUAAAAAUAGAAAAAAAAAAUCUUCCAAUAAUAUCUUCUCGGGAACCAAUUAAUAGAUCUUUGUCUGUAGCAUUCUUGUAUGAUAUGCUUUCAAAUUUGUUUAAAUGGUUGAGCUUAUUAGAGCUUAGAUGGUGGACUUUAUUACUUGACCUAAAAGUUGAAGAAGCUUAAACGACUUCUUAUCACGAACCACUUGAUUGAUCUUCAUCAAGCUUUGUCUGGAGCAUCCUGGUAUGAACCUCUCUUGUGUUCAUAUGGUUUUGCUUGGACUCUGCUGGGACUGCCAGAGCUAAAAAAAAAUUGAUUUUUAAAACAACUUCUCAUGAACCAUUUAAUGGAUCUCCUCCAGACUCUUGUAUGGUUUUCCCUGGAGAUUUUUUUGAGAUCUGCAGCACUCUUGGUUGGAUCUAACUCUGGUUUGAGCUAAAGAUUACACCUUACACAAGCUUUGAAUGAACUGCUGAAUGGAUGUUCACCAAAGUUGGUCAGAAGCAAGGUCAGAAGAUAAUGACCUCCUCAUGUACUCAUCUUAGCCCUAAUUGAUAGAGACUGGGCAAGUUAUCAAAUACAGUCAUUUAUGACCACCACAACCUGUGAACCCUUUUAAACUGAAUGAAAAACAUUCACCAAUAAAGUGGAUAGUUAGAUCAAAAGUCUUGUAUUUAAUACUGGAUUUGAUAACCAGUUUGUGAGGGCACUCUCCAUGCUGAUUUGACAAAAAAGACAAAAGUCAAAAAAUCAUUUGUUGUUCUCUACCUGUUCUGUUUCUUGUGGAGAAGUUGUUUUGAUUAUUGUGGAAAUGAUGUUUCUUAUAAUUUGACUGGCAUGCUUAGUUAAAAUUGAUCAAUUAUUUCUUACUGUGAUCACAUAAAUUUUCAUUAUUUUGCUAACCUGACAUAUAUAUGCCAGAAUGAAUGUAAUUCAUUUGUUCUAUAGACAGGGUAAGAUAAUUAGAAAUUCUUGUGAAGAUUGUAUUUUUCAUGUUUUUACUUUGCAAAUCAUGUUAUUCCCACUCCAGACACACCUUUAAAAUAAUUGUAUUCUUGUCUCCUUUCUAGCACAUAUCCCAUUUUUACCAUCCUAUAAUUGAGAGAUGUGCUAGUCUGGCACAUUUGAUGUUACAGGUAGGCAGAAAUCAAUAUGACAUAAUUUACAGAAAUAUAUUUAUAUGAUUAUGUUCUGUAGAAAUGACAGUUUUUCGCCCAGGUGUGCAGCUAUACCUUCGUGUUAAUAAUGAACUCAUUGAUAAGAGGAAAAAUGAAGUUUGCCUUGUGUUGUUGAAGUGUUUUUCUUUAAAACUUAACUAAAAGGCAUUGGCACACUUUUAUCUAACGUAAGUUUUUGACUGUGAGAAAUGAAAAUGAACAGGGGAUUUUGUCCUUGGUAGAAUUAAGGCGGCAGAGGUGGAAAGAUUUUGCCUAUAUUCUGGACCAAUGUCAUUAGUAAGUGACCAAUUGAGCAAUCAGAAAAUGAAAGUAAUGUAGUUACCUUUCAAAGAUUUUAUGACAUACCUUCAACACAGUGUAGUUUUUUUAGCUCGACUUUUCGGAAGAAAAGUAGAGCUAUUGCACUCACCCCGGCGUCAGCAUCACGGUCUCUGUUGGUUAAAGUUUUUAAUAAUGUCAGAUAUCUCUGUUACUAACAAAGCUUUUGACUUGAAACUUAAAAUAGUUAUUUACUAUCUAAGUCUACACCAAGAGAAACAAUCCCCAUAACUCAGAUUUGAAUUUUGACAGAGGUAUGUCCCUUUUUAACUUAAGAUGUUUUGGUUUAUAAAGUUUUUACUAACAAAACUCUAAUUCAGAGCCAAGCACUGAGAAAAGUCUAGUGUGCUGUCGUACGGACAGCUCUUGUUAUUUUUAAAGUUAUACAUUAUUCAGAAUGAAAUUAUUAUGUUUCCAUUGUAUGUAUAUUGUCUUUGUAUGUCAGAUGAUGUAUCAGUAGCGUAACUUAUAAUUGCAGGUCAUCAGAAAAACUGGUGAUAAACCGUCCUGUUCUGUUUUUAAAUGGCACCUAAGAUGCCGUAUCUUUUAAAUUUCUGGAUAUAUUGUUAGAUUUUUAAGUAAUCGUGUAAACGAGAUCAUUAAUUGUGUGUUUUAUAUGCGUUUAUAUAUAUAUAUAUAUAUUUUUAUAUAAUAAAUGAUUAUAGAAUAGCCUGUGAUAAAUAAUACUGGUUGGGUCACAUAUUUUGAAACAGGUCUUUUAUUGCUUUCUCAGGUAGACAGAUAUUUAUUUUAUGCUAACUAAUGAAAUACUGUAUUCUAUCAGUUAAAUAUUUUUAUAUCUCAUCACUCACACUGUGAAAAUAUGAAAUCUGUAUUUUCACACUGUGAGAGAUAUAGCUCCGCCCCCUCAUACAUUGUGUAUGAAUUUUAAAUUAUUAGCUUAAAAUAGGAUGAAAACUGUAGUCGCACUUUGUUCUUUGUAGUAUAUUUCUCGAUACAAAUUAUUUUACUUAAUGAGAAUUUCAUAACGUUAUGCAUCUAGACAUCUGAUUUAGGCAUCCAAAGUUACACUAAAAUCUAGACAUAAGUACAAAAGAUUAUAUAAAAGGAAUUAUGUUAUCUUUGGUGGCAUGCAAAUAAUCCUUUAAAAUCCAUUCAGUAGAUGAGCAGAUAUGCUAAUCUUAAUUGUACCAUUAAAGCUACUCACUCACAGUUUGGGCAUGUUCAUUUCCACCAAUUUGGCACAGAAUGUAUAUUAUAUGACACAGAAAAAUGAUAAAGUGGAUGAUAUAUUGGUAAAAAAUGCAAGAAAAAUGUAAAUUUUCUGCAUUUUUUAAAAAGAUGUUGCAACAGUUUACCAGCUCCUGCACUAUACAGGGGCGUAGGGACGAUUUGAGCAUUGGGGCGGCAGAGGGGGAGCUUUUGGGAGGGGUUUCCCCCUCCUAUGAACGGGGUCUGGGGUGGCGCCGGGAAAUUUUUGCAUAUAGCUAGAGUAAAUGGUACAAUCUGGCGACUUCUUGGACUGCUCAGUACCUGUUGAACAUACUCGGGUUUUUUUUCCCGAGUUUUCACCCCUAUUUACAGUUUACUAUGUUUAAACACUGUAAUGGCGGUACGAUAAAUAAGAUACGGACAAUGUCUUGCCAAGGUCAAACCAGUAAUGUCUAAGUAGGGGUGGGGGAGGAUUGAGCACAAGACUCUGACUUAAAGGGGUUAUCCAAUCCUUAUAGCAUUUUAGUCGCAGUUCACUGUUUUCUUUGAACUAUUGAGGGUUGAAUCCAGAGUUCUUUUUAUCAAAUGAUCAAUUUUGAAAUGCAAAAUUGCGAGGCUGAUUGGCCUUUUAUAUUUUUAUGUAGAAGCUGUAAUACUUGUUAAUCGGUAAAAUCUGUGAAGAUUUUUCUACAUUUUAUGCGUUGAAUUUAAUCAUUAUGACUGGUGCCUUUGAUUUUCAAACAAUAUGUUUAAGUGUCAAAGAUAUUUAAUUUAAUAUAUUUUAUGUAAAGACAUCUAAAGAUCCCGAUUUGCGUUUGUGUUUUACUCAAUAUACUUUCCUUUAUCAGCAGAAUUUGAGACACAACAUUAAUUGCAAUUUUGGCAGUAAGCAAUUAGAAACGAUUAACUUUCAUUAAUUAAAUUAAUGUAUUGCCUAUAAUCCGAGUCUGAGGGGCGUGAAAAUACAGCGACCUUGUUCGUUGCGGAUUACCGAUUUUGUACAAUACCCUGUCACCAAGGUGAUCUAGCAAGGUGUCAGCGAUAUGACAAGAUUCUGUGCACAUAAUAGUCGCCGAUGCACUUCAUGAUAAAUGAAAGACCGCUGUAUUUAUUUUCAAUUAUAUUAUCUAGCCUUUUCAAAAAUUUACGAGUUCGGCAUUUCGCUGCUCCUCUAAAUAUUGGGGCGGCAGGUGCCGCCCCUGCUGCCCCAGCUCCUACGCCCUUGCUAUAUUAUUGGUUACUUGUAAGAAUAUCUUGCAAAAAAUGUGUCGAUAAGUUGGUACCACUAGUCACUUUCAGAGUACUCACUUUUUAUGAAUUUUUUUAGACAAAUUAUUUUUCGUCUUAAGAUGUGUGGGUUUAUGAUUCCCUUUAAAAGACCAGUUAUAAAAUAUGUGAACCAACCUUUUAACAAAGUUAUAUAGCAGAUUUAUUGUGUCAUAUUUAUAUUUGCUUAUUCCAGUAAAAUGCUUCAUUAUGUGGAAUUAAUCAAUUCCUUAUUUUUAUGAAGA